GAACUUUGUUCGUUGUCACAUUAUUGUAAUCCUAGAAGAAAAUCAAGCUACGAUUCCACUCUUACAUUGAUCAUUGAACCACACUAUGCUUUUGGCCUUAUUCUACUUAUACAUUGAACCAUACUGUGCAUCUGUUUCUUAAAAUCUAUUUUUGCUAGAAGAACAGAAUCCAGAAUUUGUAUUUGUUCCAUCUUUAGUUUGCCCAAAAUAGCUGAACCAAUCUACAGAAAAGAGCCGACAAUGCCAACAAUUGCUUUGCAGCGACCUUUUCUGUUGAAAACUUCAUCUUUCGGAAUCAAAACGCCACACCGCAAUGACACAGCUUCUGGCAUUUGGACAAUGUCAGCGAAUUGGAAUCCUUCACAAACAAGAAAGCAAAUGGAAAUCUCAAAAGAGCUUCGAACUGUUUCUGCUACCGACUCUGUGCCAGUGGUAGCUCCGGCAGAACUCCAAUUUGACAAGCCGCAACAACAGGAUCAAAUGCUCUUUCAAGAAAACCGACUUCAGUUUGGACAGUUUGUGGCUCGUAAGGCUGUACUAGACGAAGAGUAUUGGACAGCAGCUUGGCUGCGAGCAGAGAGUCACUGGGAGGACAGAAGAAAUGACAGAUUUGCUGACAACUACAAAAGGAAGUUUGCGGAGCAGGAAUAUAAUGCACUAAAAAGAAGAUCCAACACACAACUAGGGCAUAAAUGCACCUGCAUGGUGGCGGUAAAGAAGGAAAACAGAGACGUGAAACAUACUGUGCUGAAGAGUGUUGUUGGAACACUAGACUUGAGCAUCCAAUACUUGUCACAAGGAGAGACCUUUCCAGGGGAACGGGUGAAAAAUCCUCUCUUCUGCAGUAUUGAUAGAAAAUCCUGCAGAAGAUAUGGUUACAUAUCCAAUUUAUGUGUUGCCAAAUCAGCACGCCGGCAGGGCAUUGCAAGCAAAAUGAUUCUCUUUGCAAUCAGCUCAGCAAAAAGAGAUGGCGCAGAACAGGUGUUUGUGCAUGUACAUAGGUUCAACACGCCUGCUCAGGAACUGUAUCACAAGAUGGGUUUUCAGAUGGUUGAAGCAGCAAGGUUUGACAAGUCAAAUGAGCAAAUUUAUUUGCUUCAACUCGGAUCAUGAAAUCCGUCCAACAAAUUCUGUUUGUUCCUUGCAGAAGCCUAUACCUUUUCGGUGCAACCAACCUCAGCCAAAAAAAAA